UCUCUCUCUCCAUCGCUCUAGAUUUUCUCGGCGCGCAAGGAAAGGAUCCCAUCCAUCCCGGUUCAUGGCGGAGGCGCCGACGGCAGCCCGGAAGCGUCCGGCCCCCGACGGAACCUGUCCCCCGGCGGCGGCCAAGAAGCGGGCACGGUAUCAGUUCGCGAGCAUCCACGACUACGAGAAGCUCGAGGUACUAGGGGAGGGCAGCUACAGCGUGGUGUUCAAGGCUCGUGACCGGCGCACGGGGGAGAAGGUCGCUGUCAAGUGGAUCCGCGGCGGCGGCGGCGGGCCCGACCGCUCCGCCGUCUUCCGUGAGGCCGGCUGCCUCGCCGCGUGCCGCGGCCACCCGUCGAUCGUGCAGAUCAAGGAUGUCGCCACCAACGAGGCGACCGGGGACCUGUUCAUCGUGAUGGAGCUCGUCGGCUCCAGCCUCCGCGACUGGCUCACGCGGCCCCUCUCCGAGGACCAGACGCGCGCGUUCAUGCGGCAGCUCCUGGACGCCACCAAGAAGCUGCACGGCACCAGGACGCUUCACCGUGACAUCAAGCCGGAGAAUGUCCUCGUCGUCCCCGGCGGCGUGCUAAAGAUUUGCGAUUUCGGCUGCGCGACGCCGAUGAACCCCAACGGGACGCCGUACCCGGAGCGUUGCGUGGGCACGAUGCAGUAUUGCUCGCCGGAGCAGCUGAUGGGUAGCAGGUGCUACGGAUCGGCGGUGGACAUGUGGGCGUUGGGGUGCGUCAUGGCCGAGCUCCUGACCGGCCAACCCCUGUUCGAGGCCGACACGGAGGAGGACGUGCUGGAGCAGAUAAAGGACCUGCGAGACGAGUUCAGUGCGAUAGGAUUGCAGGUGUUCGAUGUCCUGCCGGAGCUGUCGCAGGCAGGGAGAGAGGUCCUUGCCGGCCUUCUGAGAUUCGACCAUGAGGAGAGGCUCACGGCAGCGGAUGCGCUCAAGCAUCGGUGGUUCACGGAGGACGCCAAGCCCCCUGCCGUCGCAAAAGCAGAGUACCCUGGCUUUGUGCCUCUGUUCUCCGCAGCAUAGGAAAAGUUGAUUCGUGACAGCGAUGUACAUACAGAGUCUACCCCCAAAUUGAUUCUUGUAGUUUAUUGCUGUAUUAUUUAAUUUAUUUGUAGCUUCAUUAGGAAUAAGCACUGUUUUGUAAAUCCAUUCUACCGUUCUUCUGUUAUCUGAGGAAUCAGAAACAGGAAGUAAUGCAUUAUUGCU